GCAGACUUUCCGAGGAUUUUUAAAAAAAAUUGUAACUAAAAAGGAGAAAUUUGCGGUAAUUCUUUUGUAAAAUUCGAUUCCGUUUCUUCACCGUCAAUUCUCUAGAAAAACAUUCUUUCACAUCCCUUUCUCUUCUUCUAUGCUCUGAUCAGACAACAAAACCAAACUAAGAAAGUUUCUUCGUCGGUCUGUAAGAAUUCAAAGAUCAAAAGCUUUAGAACUUGCUGAACAAUAAAUAAUCUACAGAUAAACUUGUUGUUCUCACAAUGGAUGCUACAACAAGUGGAACUCCAGGUUUACAGUAUCAUAACAUACCUGAGCAACCUGUUGCUUCUCCUCCUUUGAAGAAGCAAAAACGUCACUGCUUUGGAGACUCAACUCCUGGAGAGUUUCCUUUAGCAGCUAACCCUUCCAUUGUCCUUCAUGUUCUCACUGAAUGUAGAUUAGAUCCUCGUGACCUCGCCAAUCUCGAGGCAACAUGCUCCUUCUUUAGCCAGCCAGCAAACUUCGCACCGGACUGUAGUUUAUCCCUACCUGAACUCGCUGCUCUCGACAUGUGUAACAAAAGAUUGAUUUUCAAGCCGAUGAAGGAAGAAGAACGUGAAGAGAUGAAACGUAGAUGCGGAGGGUCAUGGAAACUGGUACUUAGGUUUUUGCUGGCUGGUGAAGCGUGUUGUCGAAGAGAGAAAUCUCAAGCUAUUGCUGGUCUUGGUCACAGCAUUGCAGUCACAUCAAAGGGACAAGUUUAUACCUUCGGUUAUAAUAACUCUGGUCAGCUAGGACAUGGACAUACCGAUGAAGAAACUCGCAUUUUACCCAUCAGAUCAUUGCAGGGGAUCAGAAUCAUCCAAGCAGCAGCUGGAGCUGGUAGGACAAUGCUAAUAAGCGAUAAUGGGAAUGUCUACGCUUGUGGUAAAGAUUUGUUUGGUGAAGCUGAGUACGGAGGGCAAGGGAGUAGACCGGUUACAACUCCUCAGCUUGUGACUUCUUUAAAGAACAUAUUCGUUGUGCAAGUAGCUAUAGGGAACUUCUUCACAGCUAUCCUAUCCAGAGAAGGGAAGGUUUAUACAUUCUCGUGGGGCAAUGACGGUAGACUUGGACACCAAACUGAAGCUAAUGAUGUUGAGCCACGUCCUUUGUUAGGUCCGCUUGAGAAUGUACCUGUUGUGCAGAUUGCUGCUGGUUAUUGCUACCUUCUUGCCUUGACUUGUCAACCAAAUGGCAUGUCGGUUUAUUCGGUUGGUUGCGGUUUGGGAGGGAAGCUUGGUCACGGAUCAAAAACCGAUGAGAAGUAUCCUAGGGUUAUAGAGCAGUUUAAGGUAUUGAAUCUUCAACCUAGGGUGGUUGCCGCGGGUGCUUGGCAUGCAGCAGUGGUAGGUCAAGAUGGGAGAGUGUGUACUUGGGGUUGGGGAAGAUACGGUUGCUUAGGACACGGUAACGAGGAGUGUGAAUCAGUGCCUAAAGUUGUUGAAGGUCUAAGCCAUGUGAAGGCGGUUCAUGUAGCAACGGGAGAUUACACUACUUUUGUGGUCUCGGAAGAUGGUGAUGUUUACUCGUUUGGUUGUGGUGAAUCUGCUAGUCUUGGUCACCAUCAGGGCCUUGAUGAACAAGUUAAUACUUGAAAAAUAAACACAAACGGAUUACUUGCGUCGCAAGCUAACUUGACUCUUUUGUUUUGUUUUUGUGUAGGGUAAUAGAAAUGGGAAUGUGCUGAGUCCAGCGGUAGUGACGUCGUUGAGACAAGCGAAGGAGCGUGUGGUUCAGAUUAGUUUAACGAACUCUAUAUAUUGGAACGCUCAUACCUUUGCGCUCACGGAAUCAGGGAAGUUGUUCGCGUUUGGUGCGGGUGAUAAAGGUCAGCUUGGAGCAGAGCUUGGUCGUGACCAGACAGAAAGGUGUGUACCUGAAAAAGUAGGUAUUGAUCUCAGUUAGCGGUUUGUUGGCAGGAAUGUCAAACGCAAGAAAAUUGCGUUUUAGUUUGUUGUGUUUAUAAGACUUUGGGAAGGGUUGUACA